GCAGUCGUUCACAGACUAGCCAAGAAACAGCCACAUAUCAAAAAUCAUGGCGCUAUGUGUGAGGUGGCAUGUGCGUGUCUUAAUACUCUGCCUUAUACUAACCUGCUGUCUCCAAAUUGAAACUAAGAAAGUAAGCGGACGAGACCUCAUCGAGGACGUUGUCGACAUAAAGCAGCACAAGAAGCUUCUUCGCACAAAAAAGAAUGUUCUUAUCCUGUACACGAAAAACGCUAAGGAGGCAGCUGAGCCACUACGGAUAUCCAGUGAUGUUGCGUUGCAACUCAAAGGCCAAGCUACUUUGGCACAUGUUGAUUGCGCAGGGGAGGGAAAGAAGCUUUGUAAGAAGCUUAAGAUAGCACCAGAAACUGCAAUUUUGAAACACUACAAAGAUGGGGAGUUCCACAAGGACUAUGACCGGAAGUUGGCAGUGACGUCCAUGUCUAACUUCCUAAAGGACCCCACAGGCGACAUACCUUGGGAAGAGGAAGAAGACAGUGCCGACGUCUACCACAUUGCUACAAUUGAGGAACUGAAGAGGCUAUUCCAGAAAGAAACUUCACCUGUUCUCAUCAUGUUCUAUGCUCCUUGGUGUACAUUCUGCAAGAGACUGAAACCAGACUAUGCUAACGCUGCUACAGAGCUCAAGGGUCACUCGGUACUGGCUGCUAUGGACUUGAACAGGCCUGAAAACGCAGCUAUUCGCCGACACUACAACAUCACGGGUUUCCCAACGCUCCUGUAUUUUGCGUCUGGAACAUUAAAGCAUCGCUAUGAAGGUGAAAACAACAAGGAUGCCAUCGUCAAGUUUAUGAAAAACCCACAGCAGCAAAACAAGAAGCCCAAGGAGCAAGCUUGGUCAGAUGAGCCAAGUGAUGUUGUUCACUUGACUGAAGAGACAUUUGAGCCAACGCUGCAAAAAAAUCCUUCAGUUCUUGUCAUGUUCUAUGCACCCUGGUGCGGCCACUGCAAGAAGAUGAAGCCAGAAUAUGUAUCUGCUGCUGCUACAAUUAAAAGCGAAGGGGUGGCAGGUAUCCUGGCUGCUGUUGAUGCAACCAAAGAAAAAUCACUCGGCUCCCAAUUCAAUGUUAGUGGCUACCCAACCGUCAAGUACUUUGAGAACGGCGCCUUUGCCUAUGAUGUGAAUGUUAGGGUGGCUUCAAAGAUAGUGGAAUUCAUGAAAGAUCCCAAGGAACCCCCUCCACCUCCACCCCCCGAGCAGCCAUGGAGCCAGGUGAAGAGCGAGGUGGUCCACCUUGAUGAGGAGACAUUCAAGCCAUUCUUAAAGCGCAAGAAGCAUGCCCUGGUUAUGUUUUACGCACCAUGGUGUGUUCACUGCAAGAGAGCCAAGCCUGAAUUCCAGUCUGCAGCAGAAGUGCUUAAAGAUGACCCCAAGGUGGCUCUUGCUGCCGUCGACUGCACAGAGCACAGUGGUGUCUGCAAUGCCUAUGAUGUGGCUGGCUAUCCCACGUUCAAGUACUUCAGCUAUCUCAAAGCAGUAUCUGAAUACACCAGGGGAAAGAUGACAGCAGAUUUUGUCAGCUUUAUUCGAGACCAGAGUGGUACAACGGCUGAACCUACACCUGUGGCCACACCAUCUAAAGCACCAAAACCAAAGCCAAAAUCUUGGUGGGAUGACUCACCCGGCGGCAACCAUGUGCACUUGCUAAAGUCUGGGGACUUUCAGUCAUACCUUGAUGGCCAGGAAUCUGUACUGGUGAUGUUUUAUGCCCCAUGGUGCAAGUUUAGCCAAGAACUGAAGCCAACUUUUGCUGCAGCUGCUUUACAGUUGCACUCUGAGCAAGUAUCGGGAAAGCUAGUAGCAGUUGAUGCAUCGGAAGAGAAGACCCUUGCUUCCAAGUGGAAAGUUAACAGCCUUCCCACGCUGAAGUAUUUCAGGCGAGGAAAGUUUGUUGCCGACUAUGACAAGGGAAAGAACACAGUUGAGAACUUGGUCGCAUAUCUUAAGAGCCCUCCAGCUGCAGCCAAGAAAACAGAGUUAUGAGAUGACUUCCUGUCGACGACAUCCAUCACGAUCCUGGCCAGGCUGUAUGAAGGAACAUAAUAUCCUCCCAUUUCUCUUGGCCAUUCAGCUCAAUGCUGCAGCAACACUUUCUCCUGUCAUCUGCACCUUGUAUCAUCCAGGAGGCCAUAUUUGUCACAUAUAGAAGGUACUUCAGAGGGCCACGCAACAUGUAAGGGAAUUCCAGCGAGAAUGCAGUCUCAUACUGCAAACCCAGUGAACGCCUUCAUUUUAUUCAUCUUUUGUAGGCUUGUUCUGACAGGUUUUCGGCACUAUGGGGAUCUGAAGCCCACGACAGCCAUUUUGGCUUUGUUACCACAGCAGUUGUUUAUCACGGUUAUGGUUCAGCAUUGGCUGUAUAGAUACCAGAUAACGAGCAACUCACUCCCAAAAUUUUGCACUUUUUGAGCAGUACUUUUGUCUGACAGUAACAACCAUCACUGCCCUGGAAUAUACACUUAUCUGUACAGAGCCACAGCUUUUUUAUCAGCUGCGCACUAAUGAAAGUGCUAGUGGCGGAAUCUGUAACUCGGAAAGCCCUAGAAUGAUACACACUACAAAGGGUGUGAAAUUUUCUAUAAAUGUGAGGUGCUCAUCAACCAUUCAGGAGGUUUGUAAUGGUGUCAUGAAGCAUUAAACUGGCUGUAUGUUUGAGGCCCCUCAUUCAGCUGAUCAGUCAACAGCUAUUACAGUCAGAUCUCGAUAAUUCGAACUCAAAAGGGCCCAAAAAUUUUUUCGAAUUAAAGGAAGCUAGUUGAAUGGAGGACUUACCUGCAGUGGUGCAUGCGCAUGGAUCUAACACAUGAGUGGGAAGUGCCAUAAGAAUUAUUCACACAUAUUUAUAAAUUACAGUCAACGUUCGAUUUUUCGGACUCCCUAGAGGCUGCAAAAACGUUUGAAAAAUCGGACCCCCAAGGGCUCAAAUAGCCACAGGCACGUCCGAAAUGGCUCUAAAGGCCUGUUAGUGCACUUAUUAGACGUAUCGGUGCUCUUACUGUGAUAGGAGACGACGGGAGCACGUGUGUAUAAUUAAAAAAAACAUACCAUGACCAGUGACAAUUGCCCCUUCUAACUUUUGGUAUGCUUCACCGCAUAAAUUUAUUGUAUUGGGGCGAAGCAGACUUUCGGAAACCGGCGUUAUGCAACGAGUCAUGCUUUCCGCGCUUCGAAGCCAUUGGCGAGGAUUAUUACAAAGACGGAGUCAGUGCCAUUGCUAACAGCGGCGAAUUGUUUCAAUGAAGAACACAGCACCCAAAAGCAAGAAGCUUGGUAAUGGACGCCAAAGUAGCUAGGCCUAGUUUUGCCACAGUGUGGCUAUGGCUUCCAGCGGUUCUGCUGGUCAGAGGCGCCACCGCGUGAUUUACCGGGCGUUUUCGCCCGUUGGAAUACAUAUAACUUUGACGGGACCACAGCAUCAGCUCGAAUUAAGCAUGUUCCAAUUAACGAGAUUCGACUGUAUUUCAUUUUUUCUUGCAUCUGUGGUCAUCAUUCUUUCUUAGAAUCAUUCAAAGUAAAGUAAAAUUGUAAUGAUGCAGCUGAGCAUGUUGUUCUACUAGGGCUACAAAACUUUUCCUUUGUACUCUGGUUCAUUUGCAGCUACUGCGAAUGGGCUGCUUAUGUAUUGCUUGAUGAACUGCCCUAGUAUGGUUGCUGGAAGCAUUUCCUAUGCCUCUGCUGAACUUACUAUCCAUCAGGGAAGCAAAUUGAGCGUGGGUACUCUACAGCAUCUUUUUAUGGUGUGUCAUAGCUGUUGAUCUGCACUAUUCGCAUCCUGUCAAACUUCCAGUGCAUUUCAAAUAAUGCUGGCUUACAGCAAAUAUAUUCACAUAGGGUUUGAUAACCUGUAAUUUAAUGGUGCGUUAACUGAGCAGAAUCGCACAACUGCACUGGAAGCACAAAUGCUUUUUUACCUGGAGGAAAGCAUACAACUUCUGUGAACAGUCUGCCAGAUCUUGGCAAGUAUCAGAGAGCCUGUAGUGCAGAUUGCAAGUUCUUGUGAAACUAAAGCUGCAAAAUAUUAUGGAGCAGCCUUGUAACAAUCGGCCAAAUGCUGCUGGUGUGUACUAUUGAAGUUUCAAACCAUGCAGUCCACCAAAUUUAAGUCCAUAUGUCAUGCCUACAUCCGGUUAUAAAUUAAAUUAUUUCACAGUAGUUGGGAGGUCACCACCAGUGAGAUUUAAUGUAACUAGAUUUUUCAUGCAAGGAUAGUAACAGGUUGAAGUGCCAAAUCUUGAUUAGCUGUGCUAGUACUAGUAAAAUCAAUGACAAGUGUUCCUAGCCCUCUCUAUGUAACCAAUCCCAUCAUAUCUUUCUUGUUCAUGCGGGUCUGCCUAGGUUGCAGGCAUGCAGAAAUUCAGUUCGAUUGUGAAGUUGAUGUGAUUCAGACAUACCAAUCAUUAUAAGGUGCUCUCGCCAUGAUGUUUGUUAUUGCUGCUCAUGGUUCAUUAAUGUAGCUGUGAUGUUUUGUGGUUGAAGCUUGCACAGCGUGUCUUAGAAAUUAUUUUCUUUGUGCAUGUUCCUGUCUUUGCAUUUCAGUGUGCAUUCCAGUAAUAUAGUCUUCCUUUCCACCUUGUCUUUACCUUUCUUGGUGUUGGGCAGCUUGCUCGUGUCUUACCACCUUUAAUUCACUGCAGUACCAGGCACACAAUGGCACCAGUUUUUGAUUGCACAUGUUUCUAAGAAUGUUGCUCUUUCACUGCUGUAAGUCUAAACACUGUUUAAGAUGAUCAAAAUAUUUGAUUUUUAUAAGAUGUUUCUUUGUUACUUUUCUGCAAUAUUUCUUCAUGUUCAUUCUUUCAUAAUAUAUGUGCUUCAACAGUGUCUAUUAUGCAUGUAGUGCAGUCCUUUGCAAACCUUUUGUUCUUGCUCAAGGUUAACUGCUUUUCUUUGGAUAACACUGUAAAUGUCAAAGUAAAAAUGUGUUUUGUGUCAUUUCCACUCUGAAUUAAGAGAAAAUAACAAAAUAACUAUCCUGUGGAUUCAAUUGUGUGUGAAAGACCGUGAACCUUCUGUGUGAAGCAGUGAUGUUUUCUUGUAUGUCAGACUGGCUGGCAGACUGUGGAAGUUAUUAGCAUUGGCUGAUGCUCCAUUUUUACGCAAAUGUUGCUGCUGCAAACAGGGCACCACUCAUUUUGUAGAUGAAUGUUAGAUGUGAACAUGUAGUGCUGAAAAGGUAGCUUGAAAAAUAGUUAGGUGGCCUUGUUAGUCUUCCAAAUCAAUAGUGCAAAUCAGCCUGCUGUUUUCUUUCUGAAAAUUGUUUUUUAAUCUUUAAUUUUUAUGAAACAAUACUCUUUUUGCCUGAUAUCCUUAUGGAUAUUGUUUUCUGAAACUUGCUUUCUUGUAAAACUAGCUUGAGGUAUGGCACAACUUGUAGAUGUUCUGUGCCCAUUUGUUACUACUGUUGUAGGGAGAGUGUGGUUGCUUAUGAUACUGUGAAACCUGUGUAAGUGGGCAUUGUUAUAUGCGAAGCGUGCCUCAUGUGCGAGGUACUUGUGAUGUUGUGGAACCAGUGCCUUCUACUCAAUCAUUUUGGUAGAUGCAAGUGUAAUGUGAAUAAGGAAUGGCAAUGUAAGAGAACUCCUAGGGCAGCCAUUUGCAAUAUUUUCUGGAUAUUCUUGUGGUUUGCCCAGUGAAUAUAGUGUGGAAUGUGUGCCAACUGCCAAGUUUUCAUGGAAGCUAGCUUAUUGAGCAUUGAUCCUCACCCAAUUGCUUCCUGUGCGUUCUACAUAGCAUGUGUAGGUGGCUGCUGUGAAGAAAACAGUGAAGCUUUUAAAUAAUUUUGCUCACCUGCUGGUAACCAAUGUCUUGAGAGCAUUUUGAUAUCAUUUCUAGGUUUCUUUACUUUGUUGUUGUACACUAUAUUGUGUGACCAAACCUAGUGUUGGUUGGUCACCAUUGCUGCAUGAGACCUGUUUAGAGAUCAACUUAUUCUUUACAGAAUGCUUCAUUGUCGGUAGCCUUGUAUGUUCCCACCAAACUAGACAUUCAUGAAGUGCCCAAGAAUUUACUGUUGUUAGGAUGACUUGACAUGUGCUUUAUAUUUAAAUUUUGCCAAGCAGGAAAAUUUGUUCCUCAUUGUCCUACUGCUCAUAUUGAUGCCUUGGUAUUUCUGUGUGCUUUGCAGAAUACUUGUUGGGUGCCUUUUAUUUCUUACUAAAUCUACACUCCUAAUUUUCUAAUCACUUUGGGUCGUUUUUUGCUUCAAAUUCUGUUUGCAAGUUUUUCAAGUAGCGCAUUUGUGUGUUGUCACUGAACCUGUUAGGAUGCUGUUCUUACACUGUAUUUUGCCACUUCAGUGCUCUAAAAAAUGAGGCCUGUAAUAAAGGUUACAAAUUUAUGACUCUUUGUGCAUGUUCAUUGCCCGACUUCAUCUGGGUAUGUUUACAUCAAAAUUUGAUUGAUACUGAUGCAGUGCUAGUUUCUAUGCUGAAAGUUAUGGACCAUACUUACACCUCUGGCAUGACUUGUGCUCACAGAAUUGCUUUGAUGCAGAUUACUAGCAAUACCAGUGGAGUUUGUAGGCCACUGGUACUGGUAGAUGAGUGAUGGCUGCCAUGAGGGAUCAAACAAAGUACCUCAGGCUUCGUUACAUUGUUGUGCUCGUGCUGAUGCCAUGUGAAUAAAGUUUUCAUUGCUGGUCGA